AGAGUAUAUUGUGCAGGUCACGAAAGAGGGGAAGGUCUGUUGUAAAUAUUUCUUCACAUUCAUACUACAUAAAGUUUGCUUUUCAUAGAGUUUAGAGCCACUUUUUUAUGUUUUUGUAACGCUGUCGGACGCAAUGGCGACUAGCGACGACGUGCGGGAAAAUGUGAAGAAGUACUAUGGCAGCCGACUGGAGUCCUCUGGUGAUUUGCAAACAAGUGCUCCCUCCUGCAGUUUGUCUUGCCGCCCGCUUCCAACAAGUGUCAGAGAUGCACUGAGCCUGGUUCACCCGGAGGUAACCCAAAGAUUCUUCGGCUGUGGCCUUCCCUUUCCAGCGAAGCUUGAGGGCUGCAGAGUCCUGGACCUCGGCAGCGGCUCUGGCAGAGACUGUUAUGCCUUCAGUAAACUUGUUGGGCCGAGUGGACAUGUGACGGGGAUUGAUAUGACGGAGGAGCUGAUCACAGCGUCUCGUCAGUACAUUGAGUAUCAUCAAAACAAGUGUGGCUAUGAGGAGCCCAACGUCACUUUUGUCCAGGGGUACAUGGAGAGUCUCAGUGAAGCUGACAUACGAAGUGACUCAAUGGAUGUUGUGCUAUCCAACUGUGUAAUCUGUUUGUGUCCUGAUAAAAGAGCCGUGCUACAGCAAGCUUACAAUGUCCUAAAGGAGGGAGGUGAACUGUACUUUAGUGACAUGUAUGCCAGCAAAGUCGUUCCUGAUCACAUGAAGCAAGAUCCAGUCCUGUGGGGUGAAGGAAUGGGCGGUUCUAUGUUUUGGCAGGAUCUGAUUUCAUUGGCCCACAGUGUAGGUUUCAGCACUCCACACCUUGUUUCAGCAAGCCACAUUGUGAUCUACAACAAUGAGCUCAAAGCAAAAGCAGGUGACAUCAGCUAUGCUUCGGGCACUUUUCGGCUCUUUAAGUUGCCCAAACGUCCAGUCCUGUCUGUGGCAACAGUAACCUAUAAAGGGACUGUGGUAGAUUUCCCAGAUCAGCUGGACUUUGAUUCCUGCCACUGUUUCAAGAAAGAUGUGGCAGUGGAGGUAAAUGGAGAGAUGGCAGCAAUCCUCCAGAGUUCCCGUUUCCUUCCGGAUUUCAAAAUCCAGAUAUCAGAUAAACCAAAGUCCAGCUUAGAGUCAACACCACAGUACUGCCACCUCAGCCCAUUUCUGCUGGCUGACAAACUGGGAUCCUCAGUGACAAAAUGCUCCAAAACAAGCAAAUAAAGAUGUAGCUGAAUCCUGAGUAUUACUACGGAAAUAAAAUGGUAACACAUUUUUA